AAGGGGCGGAGGAGCGGCCGUUACCGGAUGUGGAAGCGUGACGGGGGGCAAUCCUGCCCUGAGGGGAUGCUGCGGGGCUGCCCGAGAAGAAGAAGAUGGAAAGUAAUGCUGUUCUCCUGGAAUCCAAAUCCUCACCAAUCAACCUUCUGAAUGAAAUGCACCAGCUGCGUCUCCUAGGCCACCUUUGUGAUGUGACCGUGAGCGUAGAAUAUCAAGGCGUCAGGGCAGAGUUUGUUGCUCACAAAGCUGUGCUGGCAGCCACAAGCAAGUUCUUUAAAGAGGUCUUUCUUAAUGAAAAAGGCAUGGAUGGGCCAAGGACCAAUGUGUUACUGAACGAAGUCCAGGUAGCUGACUUUGCAUCUUUUCUGGAGUUUGUUUAUACUGCCCGGGUAGAGGUGGAAGAAGAUCGGGUACAACGCAUGCUGGAAGUGGCUGAGAAACUGAAAUGUUUAGAUUUGUCAGAGACCUGCUUUCAGCUCAAGAAACAAAUGCUUGAGUCGGUAUUGCUGGAGUUGCAGAAUUUUUCUGAGGCACAGGAUACUGAUGAGGAUGGCGGGGCCCAUCCUGGCGCUUUACUUGAGCCCAAAACAAUCACCGAACCUCAAGGGGACAUGGACUGUUUUGCAAGUUCUGCACUCAGAAGACCCAGGACUGGAGCGGACCUCGAGGCCCCCACCCUGAAAUUAAAGGAGAAGUUGGACAAAAAAAAAGAGGCCCUGAAGGCCCCCUGUGCCAAAAUCAGGCGGGCAAGUGGCAGAUUGGCUGGCAGAAAAGUGUUUGUAGAGAUACCCAAGAAGAAGUACACAAGGCGCCUGCGAGAGCAACAGAAGUUCGCUGAAGCUGUGGUGGAGGAGAGCCGGCUUUCCAAAGACCAGGGCGUACAGGAGAAAGUGGGGGAGGCGGAGAGAGAUCAGACUAGUGUGAAACUAGAGGAGAAAGGGUGUGAAGGUGCUGAGGACCACCGGGGAGAAAACCUGAACAAAUUGGAGGAGGAUAAAAAGAACCGCAGUGGCAACUUUACCUGCAGUACUUGUGAGCGAGAGUUCCUCUAUGAGAAGAGCUUUCUGAAACACAUCAAGCACAGCCACGGCAUUGCGGCUGAAAUCAUUUACCGCUGCGAAACCUGCGGCCAGACUUUUGCCAACCGGUGCAACCUCAAAAGCCACCAGCGCCAUGUCCACAGCAGUGAGCGCCACUUCCCGUGUGAGCUCUGUGGUAAGAAGUUCAAGCGCAAGAAGGACGUCAAGCGGCACAUUCUGCAGGUUCAUGAGGGUGGUGGGGAGCGUCAUCACUGCCUACAAUGUGGAAAGGGUUUGAGCUCCAAAACAGCCCUGAGGCUUCAUGAAAGGACACACACAGGCGACAAGCCUUAUGGGUGCACAGAGUGUGAGGCUAAGUUUUCUCAGCCUUCGGCACUUAAAACACACACGAGAAUCCACACAGGUGAAAAACCAUUUGUUUGUAAUGAUUGUGGAGCAAGAUUUACACAAAAUCACAUGCUUAUAUAUCAUAAAAGAUGCCAUACAGGAGAGCGACCUUUCAUGUGUGAAACAUGUGGGAAGAGCUUUGCCUCCAAGGAGUAUUUGAAACACCAUAAUCGAAUCCACACUGGAUCUAAGCCCUUUAAAUGUGAAGUUUGCUUCAGGACAUUUGCGCAGAGGAAUUCACUAUAUCAGCACAUCAAAGUUCAUACAGGUGAGCGUCCCUACUGCUGUGAUCAGUGUGGCAAACAGUUCACUCAGCUCAAUGCCCUGCAACGCCACCAUCGGAUCCACACAGGGGAGAAACCAUUCAUGUGCAAUGCCUGCGGUCGGACAUUCACUGACAAAUCUACUCUUCGGCGUCAUACCUCAAUUCACGAUAAGAACACACCCUGGAAGUCUUUUCUUGUAGUUGUUGAAGGUGCUUCUAAGAAUGAUGAGGAUCAUAAGACUGAGCUUCCUGAUGAGGAAUACAAUGGAGCUCGUCCCAAGUUAUCAGAGAAGCUGCUGUCAUUCUCUGAAAAUGGGCACUAUCAAAGUUUGACGGCUAUUCAAGAAAGCAUGACUGCUGUGCAUGAAAAUGGAUCUCCCGUUGUGACAGACUAUAAAUUGAGGUCUGCAGUGGGGUCCCAGGAAGCACCCGUGGCCACAGCUUUGCAUGAUCUCACCGUGUUGCACACCCAGGCAGACUCACUUCAACCACCUCUUCACAGUUUGGUGAACAUGGAAUAGCACCACCAGUUGCGUGGAGGAGUUCAACAAGGGAAAAUGGCUUCAUGCUGUGUAAACUCUUGUAGUACAGUGAUCUGUAAAAGGGAGCUGUUAGAGUCCUGUGUUCUACUCAAACUAGUUGAAUCCAAAUGGAUGAAUUCAGUACUUAGCCCAUUUGUCAAAGAGAAAAGUACUCUCCUUCAUGUUUUGUCUGCGUAAUGUAAAGUAGGGUCCAGAUCACACAGUCAAUAUAAAAGGAAGUUAAGGUUCAGUACUGUUUGAAUCCAGAUUUCUCUUUUUUUUUUCUUCUUGGCAUAAUAUUCUGUUACCUUCCUUUUUUAUCCCUUAUUUAACGUUGUUUUUAUACUGUAUGCAAAAGAAUGUGAAAUACUGUAGCACAAUCUCUCUCUGGGCCCAAUACUUUAUGCAAUUUUAAUUUUUUUUUUUUCUUUAAAAGAAAUCUCAUCUUAGAUAGUAGGAAAUACCGUACACUGCUUUUCUAAACAGCAGAAUUGUUCUGAGGAAAUGUGGGGAAAAAAUCACUAUUUGAAUCCAACUAUGUUCCUUGGCUGUCGCAAUGAGAUCCUGGGUUCCCCUUCCCUCACGUAGCUUUUUUGCACCUAUCAAAAAUCUGCAGCUGAUACUUUGGACAUCCCCUAGAAUUGAUGUCUACAAUCACGGCAGAAGGCGCGAAAGGGAACGCCCCCUCUCCCCUCUUUUCCCAUGAUUUGGAUGUUGACCCAGUUUUGUAAAAGGAAUGGAGCACCCUUAAAUUCAUGUAAUCAAUAUGACAGACUACUUCUUGACGGAAGCUUGAAACAGAUCUUUUAAUAUAAUUUCACAAGCUUAGUUCUAGGGCUGAAUUCCUUCCUAGGUAAGCCUUUUAGCUGUCUCUUCCUUCUUCAGUCCCUACUGAUCUGCCCAUAUGGUCGGGUUCUUAACUAUCUCUACUACAGAGGUGAGGAACUGAUGGUUUUCCAGAGAUGCUGCUAAACUACAAGUCAUAGUGCCGUCCAGCAUGGGUACUAAUGAGACUUCGAUCACUGUUAUCUAGCAACAUUUAAAGAGUUGUAGGUUCCCACCUCUGUUUUAUAAAUUCAUCAUCUUAUUUCCAUCCAUGUAGGUGUCUUCUCACUAUCGUACAUUCUUUGCCCAGAAAUUAGAACGUACUGCACUCCCACAUGGUUCUUGGUUCCCCUAGAGAUUCUUUCCCAGCUGCUGCUGUAUUCUACUUACUGGUAUUUGCCUAUGGAGAAGACUGUUUUGUAACUUGAAUUUCAUUAGCAGUAUGCUCUUAGAACAGGUUGCUCCAAAAUAUUAAAAAUGGUUUUCUCAAAGA